AUGAUAGAAGGAAAGUGGAGUGGCGGCGGAUCCCUCAGAAAAAGUGGGACCGAUCCGGCGCAGAGUGGAGCUGGCAAGCAGUUCGGCGCAAAGUGGGAUCGGUCCGGCGCAGAAGUGGAGCUGCUACCGCCACAGACAGAUAGCAGCUCGGCGCAGAAGUGGGACCGAUCCGGCGCAAAAAGUGGAACUGCUCCAGCUCGGCGCAGAAGUGGGAUCGGUCCGGCGCAGAAGUGGAGCUGCCACCGUCACAGACAUGUGAACAUAGCAGCUCGGCGCAGAAGUGGGACCGAUCCGGCGCAGAGUGGAGCUGGCAAGCAGUUCGGCGCAAAGUGGGAUCGGUCCGGCGCAGAAGUGGAGCUGCUACCGCCACAGACAGAUAGCAGCUCGGCGCAGAAGUGGGACCGAUCCGGCGCAAAAAGUGGAACUGCUCCAGCUCGGCGCAGAAGUGGGAUCGGUCCGGCGCAGAAGUGGAGCUGCUACCGUCACAGACAUGUGAACAUAGCAGCUCGGCGCAGAAGUGGGACCGAUCCGGCGCAGAGUGGAGCUGGCAAGCAGUUCCAAAAGUGGACCACUGCUACCGUCACAGACAGAUAG